GCAUCCCUCCUUUGAUCAAUACAUAUAGAUUUCUCUCUCUCAGUUAUCAUGGCUAAGAUACCAUCCUUAGCCAGUAAACAUGGUUUCAUGGCAUCAACAAUGCUCAUCUUCAGCCUUCUAAUGGCCGUCCUCUCUACCACAAGUGCCCAAAUUGGUGUUUGCUAUGGCAUGCUUGGCAACAACUUACCGUCCCCCCCACAAGUCAUAGCUCUCUACAACCAAUACAACAUCCGAAGGAUGAGACUCUACAACCCGGAUCAAGCCGCGCUCCAAGCCCUCCGAGGCACCAACAUUGAGGUCAUGCUCGGCGUCCCCAACACCGAUCUCCAACGCAUCGCCGCCAGCCAGGACAAUGCCAACGCUUGGGUCCAAAACAACGUCAAGAACUACGCUAACGUUAAGUUCCGCUACAUAGCGGUCGGGAACGAAGUUAAGCCCUCGGAUUCUUUUGCACAGUUUCUAGUCCCCGCCAUGCAGAACAUCCGAAAUGCACUUGUGGCUGCCGGACUUGGAAUCAAAGUUUCCACGGCGAUCGACACCGGGACUCUCGGAGAAUCUUUCCCUCCGUCCAAGGGGUCUUUCAAGGGCGAAUAUAUGUCGAUUCUCAACCCUCUAAUCCGUUUCUUGGUGAACACACAAGCUCCAUUGCUGGUCAACUUGUACCCUUACUUCAGUUACAUUGCCAACCCUAAGGACAUCUCCCUUAAUUACGCCCUCUUCGCGACUCCGGCGCCAGCGGUGCAAGACGGGCCUCUACAAUACCAUAAUCUUUUCGAUGCAAUUCUUGACGCAGUCUAUGCUGCGCUUGAGAAGUCCGGUGGAGGCAAUUUAGAGAUUGUUGUAUCAGAGAGUGGCUGGCCUACCGCCGGUGGAACGGCGACGACGGUUGAUAAUGCACGGACUUAUAACAACAAUCUGAUUCAACAUGUGAAGGGAGGGACUCCGAAGAAGCCUGGAAAGCCCAUCGAGACAUACAUUUUCGCCAUGUUUGAUGAGAAUAACAAGGAACCGGAGUAUGAAAAACACUGGGGGCUGUUUUCUCCAAACAAGCAGCUUAAAUAUCCAGUCAAUUUUAAUUAAUGAAGUAGGAAAAAUAAGGGCAUUUAAGUUGUUUAAUUUUGUUGUAUGACUAAAUAAAUGGAUAUAUAGACAUAUGCAAGCACAAGUGUUGCCUCUAUGUACCCAAAGAAAUGCCCAAAUAAAUAUACGAGUUAAUUAAUAUUUAUGAACUUA